GGCAGCGGCGUGGGAGGGGGCGAGGGGCGGGACGGACUGGCCGGAGCCGGCGGCCGGGGUCUGGGAAAAAAGAGUCGCUCGCUCACUCGCUCGCUCGCUGCGGCCGGGGGCGCACUCGCCGCUCCUGGAAGCGUCGCGCGCGCGCGGCUCCGCGGCUCCUUUGCUCGCUGCGCGGCUCCUAGAAGGGGCGGCCGCCUCCAGGUGACACAGACGGGACACCCGCUUGCGCUUUCCAGAUGCAUCAGAGAUACUUUUGGACUGACCAGGGCCAAGUGGCAUUCGGCGGGCACUUCAUGGCGGAAGGGGAAGGGUACUUCGCCAUGGCCGAGGACGAGCUGGCCGGCGGCGCCUACAUCCCCCUGGGCUGCGACUUCAGCGGCGGCGGCGGCGGCGGCGACUUGGUCGUCGCGGGCGGCUGCGGUUUCGACGACGACGAGGACGAGCCGUGCGCGGACUACUGCGAGAGCCCCACGGCGCACUGCAACGUGCUCACCUGGGAGCAAGUGCAGCGGCUGGACGGCAUCCUGAGCGAGACCAUCCCGAUCCACGGGCGCGGCAACUUCCCCACGCUCGAGCUGCAGCCGAGCCUGAUCGUGAAGGUGGUGCGGCGGCGCCUGGCCGAGAAGGGCAUCUGCGUCCGCGACGUGCGCCUCAACGGCUCGGCCGCCAGCCACGUCCUGCACCAGGACAGCGGCCUGGGCUACAAGGACCUGGACCUCAUCUUCUGCGCCGACCUGCGCGGGGAGGAGGAGUUUCAGACUGUCAAGGACGUCGUGCUGGACUGCCUGUUGGACUUCUUACCCGAAGGGGUGAACAAAGAGAAGAUCACACCGCUCACGCUCAAGGAAGCUUAUGUGCAGAAAAUGGUUAAAGUGUGCAAUGACUCUGACCGAUGGAGUCUUAUAUCCCUAUCAAACAACAGUGGCAAAAACAUGGAACUGAAAUUCGUGGAUUCCCUCCGGAGGCAGUUUGAAUUUAGUGUAGAUUCUUUUCAAAUCAAAUUAGACUCUCUUCUCCUCUUUUACGAAUGUUCAGAGAACCCAAUGACUGAAACAUUUCACCCCACAAUAAUCGGUGAGAGCGUCUAUGGCGAUUUCCACGAAGCCUUUGAUCACCUAUGUAAUAAGAUCAUUGCCACCAGGAACCCAGAGGAAAUCAGAGGGGGAGGCCUUCUGAAGUACUGCAACCUUUUAGUAAGGGGCUUUAGGCCCGCCUCUGAUGAGAUCAAGACCCUUCAGAGGUAUAUGUGUUCCAGGUUUUUCAUCGACUUCUCAGACAUUGGAGAGCAGCAAAGAAAACUGGAGUCCUAUUUACAGAACCACUUCGUGGGAUUGGAAGACCGCAAGUAUGACUAUCUCAUGACCCUUCAUGGAGUGGUGAAUGAGAGUACAGUGUGCCUGAUGGGACAUGAAAGAAGACAGACUUUAAACCUUAUCACAAUGCUGGCUAUCCGGGUGCUAGCUGACCAAAAUGUCAUCCCUAACGUGGCUAAUGUCACUUGCUAUUACCAGCCGGCCCCCUAUGUAGCAGAUGCCAACUUUAGCAAUUACUACAUUGCACAAGUCCAGCCAGUGUUCACAUGCCAGCAACAGACAUACUCUACUUGGCUACCCUGCAAUUAAAAGUCAUUUAAAAAUAUCCUGUGGGGAAGCUAUUUCAGAUAAGAUAGGAAAAAAAGAAGAAAGAAAAAAAAAAAGGGGGGGAAAAAGGCUGAGUGACCCAGCCCUGAUAAGGGAUAUGUUUUGUAUAAUGAUGAUCUGCUCCUGAUUUUAAGCUUGGCAAAGUUUGUGGAUCAUUUCAUAGAUAUGGGAGCAUGAUCUUAAAAUGAUCCCCACUCCCCAUCAACCCAUGCACCAAAUCCUCCUAGCGAAUAAGAUUCUAUUCUGUAACUAAAGAGACCUGUCAUUGAAAACAACCAGGUUCUCCUAAAAUAACAGGGGGGAGGGGGGGAUGCUUGAUGACAAUAUGGGUUUGCAGUACCUUGCUCCCAUAGCUUUGCCAUGGGGGGUGGUGUGUGGGGGGAAGGUGGAGUUUCUUAUAAGGUGGAAUUCACAGAAGGAAAAAUACAGAGGGAAAAAGAUCUCACCCCAAAUUAAUUAUAUCAGGAGUUUAGGUAGUAAUAAUACAGGAAGAAGGGAAACUCUAACAUUGGGAUUAUUAUCUGAAGCUUGUAGUAAGUGCUUUUUGUGAAACUCCUGUUGCGCUAACAGAAAUGGCUUACUCCAAAUGAACUGUAGUAGGUUGAUGCAGUUUUCAUAACAAACAGCAGAACUUACGAUGACACAAUCCAUUAUUUCCAGCUGCGUGUUUAGCUCCAUUUUUAAAAUGUGAAAAUGCAAGCAAAAACAGCUGUAGAAAGGAAAGUAUGUUCAAGGACCAAAGAUUUAACAGAUAAAAAUACCCAAAUAGAAGAGAUACAGUAGAAUAUAUAAAGAGUUACUAUAUUUGUUACACACCAAUAUACAUCAAAGUGCCUGUUGCCUUCUGAAAAUUUGAAGUGAAAAUUUUUUUAUGGUUUAAUGAUUAUUUUGUUUUAUCAGGGACUAAAGAAAUAAAACAGCAUAAGCUUGUGAAUGGUGGAAGAAAUGCCCUAUUUUUUCUUGGCAAAUACUUGUAUAAAGCUAACAUUGUUGGUGUGAUGUUAUCAUAGGUACAUGUGUAUGUAUAUUAUGUGUGUAUAUAGACAUAUUUGGGAUAUGAAUAUAUUCACACAACACAUUGACUAUGGUCUAGAAUAUGUAGCAUAUAGGAAAUGUUUAAAUACUGAGUGCUUUUAUGUUUCAACAGGAUGACACGAGACGUGGGCAUAUUGCAGUGAUGAAUUAAAACCCACAUCUAAAUAUGUUAAAGGAAAUGAAGGAGGAAAACAAGUAAUAUAUUUCAUAGGAAGUACAGAGAUUAUACAUUUUUAGGAGUGUUUCUCCCUCCCCACCCCUCCCCCCACCUUUUUUUUUUUUUUUUUGUGAGCCAUAGAAUUCUAAAAAUAAUGGGAGAAUGUUUGGCAGAGCACUCUUUUUUUUAUAUUUAACUGCCAUUUUGACAGUUUGAACCCUUUUAUUGUUUUUUAUAUAACUUGCAUGUUUCCAUGGUGUAUAAUCCAGUAGAUCCUGGAUCCAUGAUAGUCUAUUUAAAUCCCUAAAAAGAAUUUCUGGUGAUCUGAACACUACUUAUAAUAUUUAGAUGAAAAUUUUAAUGAAUGCCUUCUGCAUUCUAAGACCACUAGAAUUUAGUAAAUGUGAAAUGAUCCCUUAUAAAGAGUAUUUGCACAAUUGCUUAAAAUUUAUAUAUGAAAUAUAUAUAUAUAUUAUAUAUAAAAUUUUAUAAAUUCAUGCCAAUAUGAAAUAUAUUUGAUCUGGUUGUCACACUGCAUUUAAAUAGUUAGUACUGUAUUUUAAAUUCAGUCACUUUGCAUUGAAUCAAAUCCAACUUUAUUUUCUCUUUCCCAAGAAGCCAUGUAUAGCUUUAUGAAAUGAAUUGGCAUUACUAUUUCAGUUCAAUGUCAGCUAGUAUUAACACCAUUCCUUCUCCUAGCUCUAAGUUCCUUUGGACACUGGACUCUGAAAAUGAAUUUAUUAAAAACAAAACUAACACAUAAAAAAUCUUCCCUUUGUAUUGUGAAACAGCCACAUAAUCCCUGUCAAGUCUAGUGGAUGACUGCUUACUAUGAUCAUUUCUAUGAUGAAACAACCAGAUUUAAAAAAUCUGAUCUGUUAAAGAGGGGCUGGGGAAAAGCAUAGCAUCAUCCUAUAUGGCAGUGUAAUUUGUUUAUGGUUUUCUGGGCAUCACUCAGAUGCCAAAUUAAACCACCCAAACUACCUUUCACACACCUUUCUUUGAAGCCUUAAUAGGAACUUGAUGGGUUUGCUGUAGCAGCUUCCCUGUGAAUUUGACAAAGCUGUAACAGCUAUUGCACUGCCACUUACUGUUUCCUAGGGGACUCUUCCUUCUCCCUUGUUGGCUCAGUCUCCCUAUCUCCAGCCCUGGGUUUGAAAAAUUGUGAACUCCCAGGAAAUAUUCCAUUUCCAGAAUAAGCCUGGUUGAUACUUAACUAUCAGAAACCAGAGCUCUGCUUGCUUCCCUGUUGGAAGUUUUCUGAAAGAAUAUUAGGGAAUGCUUGGGAACAUCAGAGCAUCUGGUAAUCUGCCAUCUUCCUUCUCAUCCUAACUCUUGAAAAGUGAGUUGUCCACUUUUUUAAAAGAAUCUGGAGAUCUGGCUCUUCUAUAGGAACAACCUGUUGUUAAUUUGUGACAGAUUUUUGUUUAGAGGGGCCUUCUUUGAAAAUACAGUUUUCAUUUAUUUUCUCAAAUAUUUAUGUUCUUUUCUUGUGUUGGUAGCAUAAAUUGGAAGUGCCAGCACCUGGCUUUCAGAUAUAACAGGUUGUCCUCACGACAACUUUCAGUAUUUACCUUAAAGCUUAUAUAAUUUAUUUCUCUUUUGUAUGUACUAUAGUCUUGUUCAUAUGUAGUUCAACAAACAGUGGAAUAUAUGUCUCUCUUUGUGGAUGUGUGGCCUAAAAAUUUGAAUGUCUGCUGAAAAAGAUUCGUGUGCAUAGGUCAGAGAAAAGAACAGCUCUCAACUCCUGAUUAGUGCCUGUGAUUUGCUUGCUUUUGUGUUUAUCUGGCCUAUUGUGCUGUUAUUUUAAAAAGGAAGAAGUUUUAUCUUCUGAAGGCUCUUCUCAUCUGUCCAGUCUGGUAUGUCAGCAAACACUUAAUAUGUGACAAUGCCCUUUUAAAACGUUUACUUCAUUUGCAGUAAAUAUGGUUGCCUCAAGAACUCUUUUCCCUUCUAGAAAUGGUAUCUGCUCACUUAGGUAUUAGGUGGACUAUUUCAGCAUGGAUCCAAAAAAAAUGCAAGAUGGAAGACUAUCUGUAAACCAAGCCAAGGAAGAAAUGCAAAGAAAAGUGAACAUACUGUUUUUUCCCCCCCACCCCUUUAUGUUUGCUUAUUGUUGGUUGCUUUACUGUGCAUAAAGUUGUUUUCAGUGCAAUACUUGUCAAGUAAAUAUUGUGAACUAUCCUGUAAAUCAAAUGUAUUAUGUUGAAAGUUAUCAGCAGCUCAAAAAUACGCUUUUUUGUUAUUUGAAGACAAAGUGUGUUAGAUGAAACCAAAAGCCAAAAAAAAAAAAGUAAUUUCAUAUAUAGCACCUAAUUGAAUAUAACCUUUCUUUAAGAUUUCUUAUAGCAUAGCCUUUUCAGUGCUAAGAAAGAAUCUCUGUAAUAUUUUGUUGUAAUAAUGGCUUGCUAACAAAGUGUGUGGUAAAAGUACUAAGUUGGAAGGUGUCAAGGUAACUUGGCAAGAUUUGCUGCAAAGCCUUGUGGAAUGGAGGAGGCUCUGCCCGCUGGCUGACUCUCCAGCCUCUCUCCAACCAUUGCCUGCUCUGAGACAUCCUAUUGCAGCAAGCUGCACCUGGGGUCACUCUUUGGAAUAUUUUUGACAUUAGACUGUCACAGGCAGAAAAGGAGUUGAUGGAGAUUGGACUCAAAAGCUGACGUAUUUGAAUCAGUGCUAGAGGGAACAGAUUGUGAAUUUUGUUUACAGCAUCCAAUAUUUGGAUUUUCUUUUUUUGUAAAUAAAAAGAAGUUAUUUUUUUCUA